AUGGCGCCGUCGAUUCGGCACUCGAACUCCGGUCGCGCAUCACGCAGUCGACCCAGAACUUCAUUGAAAUCGUCUCUCAACGAGCUUCCCGAGUCGCCUGAGGGCCCUCCUUUGAAGAAGCGCAGGUACAUUCCCGGCGGUCCUGGAGGCGGCGGAAGGUUUAUCGACGCCGACGGCAAUAUUGUCGCCGAGGAAGAAUCAGAAUCACCGAAGAAACCCAGCCCCCCGCGCCGCUACUCUGCGAGUGCUCGAGGUCGUCCAGCUCCGCGUGAGAUCGCAGAAACAAUGCAGGCCCCUCCUCCGCCACCUCCCCUUGUGCCGACAACACCCCCCUCGAUGACGCGUCCAAGGCGCGAUAAGACUCAAAACCGAGGUCGCUAUACCUCUUCCACGGCUGCUGCGCUCGCUCUUCAACAAGGCGAUGGCUAUAAGCCACGCGAAGAACGUGGAUGGGAGGAGUUCCACCCCGACUUGGAUAUCGAUGGCAAGCUUGCGGUCUUCACCUCACAGGAAGUUGAUACUCCAGAUAUUACAGAAUCCCCGGGUCUCGGAGGUGGCGCGAAUGUGCUGGAUAGCCCAGGAACACCAGCCUCUUAUUCAGCCGACGCAUCAUCUCCAUUCCCAAUGAAACGUCGACCGGGUCGCCCACCACGUCGCCCUGAGGCCAUCUUGAACGCCAUGUUUAGCCAUCAAGGACAGAAGUUUAUUCCGCCACCCGGUCCUAAUCCUAGAGAGAAGUUGACGCUCCCCAAGCCGUCUUUCAGGCAGCGUGAUCCCUUCACGUUUUACGAGAAGAAGGGCGUGGGCCACCAGAACUAUGUUGAUCGUACCAUGGCAGCCGUUGGAUAUCAGGAGAGCGAUUUGUUUCUCCGGCAUGACCGCCGUUUUAUUCGCUUGACUGAAGGCACACAAGAAGAUGACCUGGAUGUCAUUCAGCCGGCUAUGACAGAUGAUGUUAACACAACGACUGGACGUGUGGAGUAUGAUAUGGAUGAACAGGACGAGAAGUGGUUGGAAGAAUAUAAUUCCAAACGUCGCGAGGAUCAGCUUGAACCCAUCAAACCGGCCGUGUUUGAAAUUACUAUGACCAAGAUUGAGAGGGAGUGGCACGCUCUUGAGAAACGCAUCCCAAAGCCGAACCCUAAACCACCACAGACUGGACGGCCUCGUUCCAGCUCAGCAGCUGCCGUCAAUGGCGAAACCGCAGGACCAGGCGAAGAGCAGGAUAGCAAGUGUGCUAUUUGCGAUGAUGGCGACUGUGAAAACGCAAAUGCCAUUGUUUUCUGCGACGGUUGCGACCUCGCAGUGCAUCAAGAAUGCUAUGGUGUUCCUUUCAUCCCCGAGGGCCAGUGGCUGUGUCGCAAAUGCCAGCUGCUGGGGAGAGGUGCCACAAAUUGUAUCUUUUGUCCAAACACUGAAGGUGCAUUCAAGCAAACUACUUCCUCUAAAUGGGCCCAUUUGCUUUGCUCUUUCUGGAUUCCAGAAGUCUCUAUUGGCAACCCAUCUCUCAUGGAGCCAGUCACCGACGUUGAAAAGGUUCCUCGCAGUCGCUGGAAGUUGACCUGCUAUAUCUGCAAGCAGCGGAUGGGUGCUUCUAUUCAAUGCAGCAACAAAAACUGCUUCGUAGCCUUCCACGUUUCGUGUGCACGCAGAGCUCAGCUAUAUCUCAAGAUGAAGAUUGGCCAUGGCCUGAUGGACUCCCACCUUCUCAAAGCUUUCUGUGACAAGCAUGUCCCGCCUGAUUGGCGGCUAGAGCACGGAACUGACAUGGCAACAGCUGAUGCUAUGGAAUAUUACCGCAAUACCAUGAGCGGUCGACAAUGGGGGGACAGCCAGGCAGCAGCACUUUCAACCGGUCCCUCACAUCCCAUUAUUGAGGGAGCUGAAGACGACCUCUCUCAAGCUCCUCGCAUAACUUUGACCAUUGGUGGCAACAAACGCAAGCGCGUACCUCGGAUGAUUUGGAAACUACCCUCGGGUGCUCCAGUGAUUCCUCAGGUUGUUUUGAACUCGGUAGUUGCCUCACUUCAACGUUUCACAGUCCGCCAAAGAAAGCAAUAUGCCGAGGAUGCAUCCAAAUAUUGGACGCUGAAACGUGAGGCGCGACGUGGAGCAGCUUUGCUCAAGAGACUUCAAUUGCAGCUAGAGACGUUCUCUUCUAUGGAGAUGACGCGAAGAGACUACGUUGCCAUGGGUGUUCCCGGGCACAAACGUUUACAACGUCGCAUUGAAUUUGGCGAACGACUUUACACAGAUCUUGACCGAUUACGGAUGCUAUGUGAUGAAAUGAAGAAACGAGAGAGGGAAAAGUUGAAGGACGCCGAGAUGUUACGGAACAUCGUGGAUCUUGUCUACUUCCCUACAUUCCCCCUACUCUGGCCGAUCCUCGAGAAGGCUCAACUGCUUGAUGGAAAGGGCGUUUUUGCUCCUGGCUUGAUGUCAAUACGACAGAGACUGAAAGAGCGUUUCUACCCAUCUGUUGCUACAUUCUCUACUGAUCUGGCAAGUCUUUUCACGUCAGAAAUUGGCGUGGAGCCUGCUGGUGACACUGCUGAACUGCAGGCACAAAUCAGCGGUCGUGCCCCAGAACUCAGCCUAGAGCAACGCGAGAAGAGGAAGCUAGCCAAACGUAUCAUCAAGGUCAUCCAACCCUCACUGGAAGACGCAAUCAAGAAAGAAAGCGAGUUGAAUCGAAAACCAUUCGAGAAAGAAUUGAAAGAGCUGGAUGUGAUACUUGAUCACAGUGUCAUGUCUCGCGAUUCCGCUGAACCCGAGGGUGAUACUGAGCUGUCUACUCACCCUGAUGCCAUGGAAGGUGUUGAAGAAGCUACAGAAGCUCCAUCCGAGACUCAACCUGCUCCAGACCAACAACACCCCGACGAAUCUGGCGCAGACGGCGCACCCGCAGAGGACCCUAUGAACAAUUUGUUUGCCUAUCAUCGACACCCAACACCUGUCUUAACCGAACAAGACCAAGAAUUACCACUGGCUCAAGGCGGCAUCCAAUGGUACAUGCAGCCAUUCGACCCUGUUGGUACCACCGUCCACGAAGAACGAUGGACAGGACGUGAUGUCAUGCGUGGCAUGAGUGAGGAGCUCAGUGAGCUGGACGAGGACGAACUUGAAGGAUUGAAGGACCUGGUGGAUGAUGAAACACUUGGAGGCACUGCCACCACCAAUGGAGCUCGAGCUGCCUCCAAACAGAAUAACCGUCGGACUCGACGUUUGCGCGGCUCAAAAUAA